AUGGAUGAUAUAAAGAAUAAAUACCAACAGAUUACAGACAGAAAUGCCCGUUUGGGAGACGCUGUUCCUCUAAACAGAAGAUAUACAAGACUACGGAUGAUAAAGAAACACCGUGAUCAAGAGGAGAGAGAACAUGAAUUAAAAUAUUCUGGUAAAGAACAUCGAGAGUUAAUGGACAGAUCUUCAGAGGACUAUUCUCCAACCACUAUCGAAGCUCUGUUUGAUACCGGUGAAGAUGGAAUCUGUCCUGCUACUGUGGUGUUACAAGGACCGGCUGGGUUUGGAAAAACUACGACUGCCCAGAAGAUCAUGCUAGACUGGGCCUCUGGAAAGCUAUAUCAGGACAGAUUUCAUUUUAUUUUUUACAUCAGUUGUAGGGAGAUCAAUCGCGUCACAGAUAAAAUAAGCAUUGCUACUCUUAUAUCCGGGAUCUGCGGAUUAAAAUGCCAACAUAAUCUGAUUAAAUCUAUUUUUGAAGAUGAUAAAAAAAUCCUCUUUAUAAUUGAUGGUUUGGAUGAAUUGAAACUCCCUUUUGGGAAUGAAGCAGAGAUUAAUAUAGAAGAUCCAUUCCAAGAGAUUCCCAAAGAAAAUCUUCUAAACUGUUUAUUCAGAAAACAGGUUCUUGGAAAGUCUUCACUUUUAAUCACCACAAGACCAUACACCCUGGAGAAACUAAAGGAGAUUAUCACAUUUCCCCGUUAUGUAGAAAUUAUGGGAUUUACAGGGGAAAACCGUGAAGAAUAUUUCUCCAGUUUCUUUGAAAAUAAACAACAAGCAGACAAAGCUCUUACUUUAAUUAAACAAAAUGACACUCUGUUCACACUGUGUGCUGUCCCUAUUACAUGCUGGAUUGUCUGCACUGUUCUUAAACAACAAAUUAAAAAGGAUUUCAGUUUGAUUAAUAACACCACCACCUCUGUUUACCUGCUUUAUAUAAAGAGCUUAAUAAAGUAUCAUGGUAGAAGCUCUGAUCAAUCUAUAAGCUCCUGUAUGAAGAAGCUCAGUGCUUUGGCCAAGGAAGGAGUAUGGAAUCAGAAAAUCAUAUUUGAGGAAGAAGACCUUGAAAAGCAUGGACUUACUGUGUCAGACAUUGAAUCUCUCUUCCUGAAUGAGACCAUCUUUCAAAGGGACAUUGAGACCAAAACCUGUUACAGCUUCAUCCAUCUGAGUGUACAGGAGUUCUUCGCUGCUCUGUAUUAUGUACUGAAUGAGGAGGCCGGGAGCGGGGAUAUCUCACAGUUUACUAAUUCAGAAGGGAAAGUCAGACCCCACUUACUAUUAACUGUGCGAUUCUUGUUUGGUCUUGCCAAUGAAAAACUAAAAGCAGAGAUCGGUAAAAUCACUCAGUGUAAAAUAUAUCCUGCAUUUAAAUCGGUCUUGGAAGAAUUGAUAGCACAAUGUAGUUUGGAAUACAGUCAUAAUAAUAUACUGAGCUGGCUGUAUGAGACUCAGGAUGAAGACUUUGUUGGAAGAAUGAUGUCUCAUUUGUCAGACCUGCAGGUUAAUUGGAUGGAAGAGAAUACAAUACAAGAACUAACUUACUGUUUGAUGAAAACCAAAUGUGUUCACAGCCUUUCUAUCAAUGAACAUUCACUUAAUUCUGAGACACUAAGAGCAUUAGCUCCAGGACUUCACAAGUGUUCAUCAAUUGAGUUGGAGGGCUGUGGUCUGACCCCAUCCUGCUGUGAGGAUCUACGCUCUGUUAUUAUCACAAACCGAUCUCUGACCAAACUGGAUCUGUCAGAGAAUUACCGUCUGGGGGUCUCAGGAGUAAAGCGUCUGUGUGAGGGUCUCAGGCACCCAGACUGUACCCUGCAGGAGCUGCGGUUGGAGGGCUGUGAUCUGACCUCAUCCUGCUGUGAGGAUCUACGCUCUGUUAUUAUCACAAACCGAUCUCUGACCAAACUGGAUCUGUCAGAGAAUGACCUGCUGCAGGACUCAGGAGUAAAGCGUCUGUGUGAGGGUCUCCGGCACCCAAACUGUACCCUGCAGGAGCUGCGGUUGGAGCGCUGUGAUCUGACCCCAUCCUGCUGUGAGGAUCUACGCUCUGUUAUUAUCACAAACCGAUCUCUGACCAAACUGGAUCUGUCAGAGAAUGACCUGCUGGGGGUCUCAGGAGUAAAGCGUCUGUGUGAGGGUCUCAGGCACCCAGACUGUACCCUGCAGGAGCUGCGGUUGUAUCGCUGUGAUCUGACCCCAUCCUGCUGUGAGGAUCUACGCUCUGUUAUUAUCACAAACCGAUCUCUGACCAAACUGGAUCUGUCAGAGAAUGACCUGCUGGGGGUCUCAGGAGUAAAGCGUCUGUGUGAGGGUCUCCGGCACCCAAACUGUACCCUGCAGGAGCUGCGGUUGGAGCGCUGUGAUCUGACCCCAUCCUGCUGUGAGGAUCUACGCUCUGUUAUUAUCACAAACCGAUCUCUGACCAAACUGGAUCUGUCAGAGAAUAAACUGCAGGACUCAGGAGUAAAGCGUCUGUGUGAGGGUCUCCGGCACCCAAACUGUACCCUGCAGGAGCUGGAGUCCAUCAAGGAGAAUUGGAAGAGUGUCCAAGCAGACCAAAGAGACCAAAAUUGACCUGAUACAUUCUCUGAACCCCCCUUUCAGAUACAAGAGUGGGGCGACCUUGCAUGCAGGUCCAUAUCGACCAGUUCCACCAACUGAAUAAACCCUCACCUAACAUGGAUGUUGGGAAUAAUACACUUUGCCUAUA